AUGACGCGCGCACAGCAAACUAUCUCUAUUGGCUUACUCGUCACUUCGUUAUACCUGGCAGUUUACUUGGAGUUAAUACCUCUUCCUGGAAAGGUUUCUGAGGAGGUUAUUCCUGUGUUGCCAUUCUGGGUGUUGGUUUCGUUCGGAGCGUAUCUUUUGGGGAAGUUGGGCUAUGGCGUUUUUACGUUUAACGAUGUGCCAAAGGCGCAUGCCGAAUUGAUGGAGGAGAUUGAGUUGGCGAGGAAGGAUCUCAGAACGAAAGGUGUCGAUGUCGAUUAG